UGCCGACUUUCUAUACUCCACCGUAAGACAUCUAGCCUUUAUAUAUCUAUGCUUUGCGACAAAGUUAAUUUUCACUCAAUCCAACAGACCUUGCGACCGGAAGUUAUUUGGUUUUCCGUUUCCUGUCUGAAGAUCUGCACAACUCUUAUCGCACCAUAAUGCCAAAAUCGAAGGAAGUUCUCUCUUCCACGUCUGGAAGUGACUCUGACAGUGAAGUAGAGACCAAGGCCAAGCGAAAGAAGGCAAGUGUGCCCGAAAAAUCAGCCAAGAAACCAAAGAGCGGAGAGAGUUCCAAGCCAGGUGGCUCCGCCAAGGGCAACAGUAAUGCAGACGACAACAUGUUCCAGAUUGGGAAGAUGAGAUAUGUCAGCGUGAGGGACUUCAAAGGUAAAGUCCUGAUUGACAUCAGAGAGUACUGGAUGAACCAAGAUGGAGAGAUGAAACCAGGGAAAAAAGGAAUCUCCCUGAAUCCUGAACAAUGGAACCAACUGAAGGACCAGAUGUCAGACAUUGAUGACGCCAUGAAGAGAAUAUAAGCGUUCCCCCCUUAAUGUUACUUGUUGAAGUAAUUAUGUUAGAUUAGCUUAUUGUUUUUUUGUAUUAUUUACUAGUGGACUGGUUUAGUUUGUUUUAUAGAUCUUGUGUUGUCCUCAUUCUCUGGUGGUCUGUGUAAAACCCAGGUGAAGUAAAGGUGUGGGUGGAGGAGUAGGUGGGGGAACAUCACAGUUGGUGGGUAGAAUACAGCGGCGUUUUAGUAUUGAACAAUAAAAAAAAAGGAGGCUCUAACUUAAUAUGGUUGUCGAUGUGUCUAAAUUUGUGUUCACAACUGUAUUGUGUGCAUUUUUGUUUGAUCCUGAUGGUUUUGAUCUUUGUAAUACAUUGAACCCAACCCAUGGGUACUCUUCCUUUUUAAAAAGCCAUGUCUGCUCUGUAAUGUUGUACCUAUGAGCGAUUCGAUUCAUGGCGAAACACGGGAUUAAGUUUUGAAAAUAAACUAGUACACAAAUCUGCAAA